UUCAAGAUGGAGUUUGAAGAGUUGAAGGUUGAAAUCCCUGCCGAUGAUAGCGACAAAGAGGAGAAAGAUUUACCAUUCAUCUUUGAAAGAAGAUAUGAAAAUAAGUCAGGGUGUUUCGUGACAGGAUUUGAUGUAACUUCGAAGGAAGCACUAGAGAGGAAAGCAAGAAGAGCAAAACGAUUUGGUCUUUCAGCGAAACAAAAAGACACAGAAAAGGAUGACAGUUGUUCUGAGGAUGACCCAGAUACAGUGUCAGCAUUGGUUUAUGACACCAGUAAUGCAGCAUCACUUCUUGCAAGCACCUUGUCUCUUUCCAAUUUCUUGUUACAUUUUUUGUGUUCUCCAUGUUGUAAACCUUUUUCUAUACACAAACUUUUACACUUAUUUGCUAUUUGCUGCUUUCUUUCUUUUUUUUGUUUUGUUUUCAGACUGUCAUCUGUUGAUCCUUAUAAGCUUCCAACAAUCACAGAUGGUGAAACCAGAUUGGAUGCCAUCCUUAUUCAUGGAGUGAAUGAAAUGAGCACAAAGGAUGUGUUUGCUUAUUUCAGUGACUUUGCCCCUGGGUCUGUAGAAUGGAUUGAUGACUCUUCAUGUAAUGUAGUUUGGGAUGAUGAAUUCACUGCUUCUAGAGUUUUGAUGGCAGUAGGGAAAGAAAUACAAAAACCAACUGUAGACGAGGAUAUCAGUGAUGCUGUGGAAGUCAGAUGGAAGCAAGGCCCUCCUCAUCCCAAAGCCAAUUGUCUUCUCUUACGAUUGGCCACGAAAAAAGACAAGAAACUACCAGGGGCGGCACGAAGAAGCAUGUAUUACUUAAUCAAUGGUAAAGCAAAUGAGCCUGGACAAGGUGGAAAAAAAGGCAUUAUCAGUUCAUCAAGAAAGAGGAAAUUGUUGAAAGAACAAGAACGAGUGAAGCACAUGUAUUCAAGUGGUCCAGAAGUUGUCUUCCUCGACAAGAUUGAAACUGAAAAGGAAGAAAAAAUGGAUAUCGACGAACCCCCGCUUAAGAUUGUCGUCACCAACGACGGUCAGCCAGAGAGGAGUGAACCGGGAAAUCUACGUAUGCGCAUGCACGCCGAUGCCAUCGAAGACGACGACAGCGAAAGUGACGAGGACGAUGAUAGGAGAGAAAAGAGGGAUAAAUGGAAAGGAAGAAUUGAGAAGAAAGAAGAUAAAAUGGAAGAAGUCCGGACUGAAAAACCCACUUUAGAUAUACGGUCAAAACUUCAAAGUAGACAACGGCACGGGUUUAAUUUCAAGAACAGACCGUCUUUGUCUAUCGAAAUCAAGGAAGAACCGGAAUAGAGCUCUCUGGAAAUUUUUUUAAAGUUAAUUUUUAGUUUUUAUCACUUUAAUCAAGUAGCUACUGAGUAGAACUUUAACUAUUUUACCACCAAGAUGUGUGAGCGGGCUUGGUUUUACAUCUUUUCCCUAAUAAGUAUUAUAAGGCGAAUCUAAGGUCACUAUUGAUGUGAAACUUUAUCUUUAAUAAAAGUAAAUAAUUGAGUGGAA